GAUUGUUGAAGUUCAUUCACCAGACGCCAAGCACAUCUUGGUGCUAAGGAGUAAAGACGCAAGCACCGCCCAGGCCUGGUUCUAUGCUAUCCACUCCUGUAUCAGUGAGCUCAUUCCUAAAGUCAUCUCAGAGGUCAAAGAUCAACUGGGCAAAGCAGGAAUUGCUGGAGGCCGAGAAAUUAGGCAUUUGGGUUGGCUGGCAGAAAAGGUGCUGGGAGAGAAUGAGAAGCCUUGGAAAGCAGUAUUGGUUGCCUUGACGGAGAAGGAUCUCUUGAUAUUUGAAAGCAUGCCACGCAUCAAGGAAGCUUGGUUCACUCCACUGCAUUCCUAUCCUCUCUUAGCUACCAGGUUGGUACAUUCAGGACCCGGGAAGGGCUCUCCACAGUCUGGGGUAGAUUUGUCCUUUGCCACUCGAACGGGCACACAACAAGGGAUUGAGAGCCAUCUUUUCAAAACCGAGACUAGCAGAGACCUUUCACUGUGGACCCGGAGCCUAGUUCAAGGUUGCCACAACGCAACUGAACUCUCUGUGGAAGUCACAACAGCUUGCACGUAUAAAAACCAGGAGUGCCGUUUGACCAUCCAUUAUGACCAUGGAUUUUCCCUCACAACUGAACCCCAAGUUGGUGCCUUUCCCAAAACCAUCUUCCAGUAUCCCUACGAGAAGCUAAAAUCAUCUUCAGAUGAUGGGAUUCGGAUGCUCUAUUUGGACUUUGGAGGAAAGGAAGGUGAAAUUCAACUGGACCUUCAUUCCUGUCCAAAGCCGAUUGUAUUCAUCAUUCAUUCAUUCCUUUUUGCCAAGAUUACAAGACUUGGAUUGGUAGCAUAAAUUCUGUCUGUCAUUGGCAAGAACAAGAAAAAAAAAAUGGAACUACUCGAGUCCAAAUCUCCCAACAUGUUGUCAACACUGGGAGCUACUAGGAGAACAUAUAAACUCUUUCUGCAGAUGACCUGAAGUUCAAAUGGGGGGGGGGCAAAGUCAGUGUUUUGAUCAAAUAUAAUAAUCAGGGCUCUGAAGAAUAAAAGUUAUAAUAUUUGCUUCAACUAAAACAUGUUACAAGGGAAACAACGGUGAUUGCUCUGAAUAAAGCCAAAAUUGAGUGA